AUGCCGACCAAAUCUUCAGAUUCAACACCAAAAAUGCCAUCUCGUGAUGAAAAUCCAUCGGAUGCCGAAGAAUUAACCGAAAAAUAUCGCAGAAUCGACGAACACUGUUCAUCUGGAUCGCUAAAGUUACUUGAUAUGCCAUCCUCUCCAGAUAUAGAGGAAUAUCAAAGUGAAAUAAUAAAAGAAUAUACGCAAACCGAUAUUGAAGAAGGACAAGUGUAUCAGGACAAGCAAACUGUAGCUGCUGCAAUGAAGCACUUUUCUGUGGUGCACAAGUUCCAGUUCAAAGUUAAAAGAUCUAGUCAUAGAAGCUACUGGCUUGUAUGCGUUGGUGAAAACUGUAAAUGGCACUUCAAGGCAACAUCAAUUAAUGAUUCCGCAAUGUUCAAGAUAAGGAGUUUCAACCGACAACACACAUGCUCCUUAAUGGAGGAAACAUUCAUACAGCGCAAACGUACUGCAGCUGUAGUUGGUAGCAUGGUCAUUCCAAAGUAUUGUGAUCCAAAAACUGUGUACACACCAAAGGACAUACAGACUGGCAUGUUAGCAGAACACGGAGUGAACCUAAGCUACAUGCAAGCAUGGAGAACAAAGGAAAAGGCUUUACAAUUUUUGAGAGGGAAUCCGGCUGACUCCUACAGCAAAUUAUCCAAAUAUUUUUAUAUUCUUGAGGAGACUUAUCCUGGUUCUCAUGUUAAAUUGAAGAAGACAGCAGAUGAAUGCUUCUUGUGCGCAUUUGUUGCUCUUUCUACAUCAAUAAGUGGUUGGCAACAUUGUAGGCCAGCAGUAGUUGUUGAUGGGACAUUCUUAAAGUCAGCCUACAGGGGGAUUAUGCUGACUGCAAGCACCAUGAAUGCAGCAGAUUUACCUAGGUUUUUGGGUGAUUUGGGGGAUAAAACACCCAAAUCAAAGGACGGUAAUUCACCUACUGCUGGUUUUUUUGGACUCGUUUUCGAACCUUGCUUGAUCUUCAUUGAUGAACUUUAA